UUUCCAGGCUUCGUCUGGGAAAUCUUCUUCAGGCUGCCUUAGUGACCUUGUUCAAGAAAGAAACAAGGAUAUGGCUUCGAUCGUCAUUCGCAGAGCUACGGAAGCCGACGAAGCUGCUUUAUCUCGCAUCUGUCUUCUCACCGCAGAUGCAGGGAAACCAGCAGAGUAUCUCCAUGACUUUGGCGAACUGCCGGGUCUUGUGUAUGCCAUCCCAUACGUCAAGCUCCCAACCGCCUGGGGCUUCGUUCUGGUCGAUGGGACACACGAGGUCGUGGGAUACAUCCUCGGUUCCAAGGAUACCCGUGCGUAUGAGCAAUAUGCUGCUGAACAUUGGUGGCCUGCCCUUGCAGAGAAAUACCCACCCGCAUCGGCUACGAAACCUGCCGAUGUAAGAUACAUGCAACUGCUGAGGAACAUGCACACGGCGCCUGCUGCCAAUAUUGCCUUUGCUUCUGCCCAUCUUCAUAUCGACAUUUUACCAGAGUACCAGAACCAAGGGUGGGGAAGGAAGCUUAUGCAAAAGGCAGUGGAUUACCUGAAGGGCGAGAACAUAGAUGGUGGUGGGGUAUGGUUGGGGCUGGAUCCUAGAAAUGAGGAUGCUAGGAAGUUUUACAAAAGACUGGGAUUCACAGCCAUUGAGGGAGCGCCAGAGGGGAACAUGGGUCUCAAGUUUGAAUGAUACCGCUUAGAGAACAAGAAGGAAAGGCUAUAUAACCGCGAGGAAGAUCUCAUUCUUAUCGCUUCUUCAGAUCCAAAAGCCCGUCACUACCGGAAUCCGAUCACUUGAAAGGAUGAGCUCAAAAUGAUACAAUGUACAAGGCCUAGCGACGGACGGAGGAGAGAAACAAGAGCUUGCUCUUCAUCCGAAUUCAGCUGGAAUGCCGGAUUUGUAGAUUAUUUUGCAGUGUGG